UUUCAGAGUGACAAUUUUGGCGGGAAGUAGCCGGUUGUCAGAGAGUGAGACAAUAAUCAACAAUAAUCCAAGAUGACAAGCAAAGAAAAGCUUUUAGAAUUUUUCAACACUUUGGGUCACAAUGUUGAUGAUGAAAACGUCAUUAAAAAAUGUCUAGAUUUGUGUGAAAAGCAUGACAUCAAUGAGGAGAUAUUGGUUGAUCAGUGGUUUAGUUAUGUCACGUCCUUGGAAGAUGACAAUGAACCAGCUCCAACAAUUGACAACUUGAAUGAUUUUGAUAAUCAUUUAACUGAAAAACAAUUGAAUGAUAAUUCAGACAGUGAUAAUGAUGAACCAACAACAAUUGAUGAGCAACCACGUGAUACAACUGAUCUUUCAAGGCUUGCUAUUUUUAAUUCAAUCAAAAAAUACGAUGAGAAUGAUGAGGAUGAUAUUCUUGCGAUAUAUGGCGUUGCAAAACCUGUUGCUUCUUCUACUGAGAUUAAAAAAGAUGAAAUUGGAGAUGAAGAUGAUGACAACUCUCAAAUGGAUAUUCAAUUCAAAUCACCAAAAAUUGAUCGAUCAGGUUCUCCAGCAGCAUACACACCAAAAACACAAAGUCCAGGAUUUCAGCGAGGAACAAUUGUAUCUGGUAAAAUACUGAAUAAAUUUGGCAAAGAUGUUGAAUCAUGGAAGAAUAAAAAUAUUAGAAAUGUUGAUGUUAUUAAAAGUGAUGUUCCUCAUGUACCAGAUGACAUAUUGUACAUGUAUUCAAGACAUACAAUGUAUGUUGAAAUAAUACAAAAUCAUAUUACCAAUUUAGGCGAUAAAAUUAUAUCAGCAUGGCCAACAAAUGAUGACACAAAUAAUGAUGUUAUAAUAACACCAAAUGUCAAUGAAAAAUCACAAGGUUUAAUUCGUACAUUUGGUAGAAUAUCAUGUGAUGAUAUUGGUAAAUUAAAUGAAUCAUCAAUAGUACUAGAAAAUAUUGCUUAUAAAAAAAAUGAUGAUGAAUAUAUUAAUGACAAUAAUGAUGAUGUAUAUAAUAGUGGUAUAAUACAUCUUGAUUUAAAACAAUUACCAAAUUAUUCAAUAUUUCCUGGACAAGUUGUUGCUGUUGAGGGUAGAAAUCCAACAUCUGAUCUUUUUAUUGUAACAAAAAUGUUGUCAGCUUGUAAACCACCAGCUUCACCAUUACCAAAACUUAAAGAACAAUUACAAAUUAUUGUUGCAUCUGGACCAUUUACUUAUCCAGAUGUAUUUGACAUAGAACCAUUACUUAAAUUAAUGGAAUAUGUUGUUGAAAAUGAGCCAAAUGUAUUGAUACUUUGUGGACCAUUUGUUGAUGAUAAACAUCCAGUUGUUAAAGCAUCUGCUUUUGAUAUGUCAUAUGAAGAAGUAUUUCAAAAAAUGAUUGAACAAGUUAUGAAUUAUGUUAAAGGAAAGUCUACAAAAGUUGUGCUUGUUUCUUCAAUGUAUGAUGUACAUCAUCAUAAUAUUUAUCCAACACCAGAAUUUUAUAUACCUGAACAUUUUUCAAUAUAUGAAAAUUUAGUAUUGAUGCCUGAUCCUUGUAUGAUGGAUAUUGAAGGAUUAAUUAUUGGUACAACAACAGUUGAUAUUAUAAAACAUUUAGGAGCUGAAGAAAUAAGUUAUAAAAUGCAAGGUACAGAUAGACUUGGACGACUUGCUGAUCAUAUUUUAUCACAAUCUUCUUUUUAUCCACUUCAACCACCAUCAUCAGAAAUUAAUUAUGAUGUUGAAUUAUGGAACAAGUAUGCUAUGAUACAUAAACAACCACAUAUAUUAGUAUUACCAUCAACAAUGAGACAUUUUUGUCGAUGGUCAAGUGGUACAUUUAUUAUUAAUCCAGAAAGAUUGGCCAAAGGAACUUACAGUAGACUUAACAUUCGUCCACCAGUUGAUGAUAAGUGGCUUCCAGAUUGUAUUGAUUGUGAAAUUCUUAAAAUUUAA